ACAUUUGUCACUUAUACAUUUCUCAUUUGAAAAAUUUUUUAACCACCUACAAAAAUCCAAAAAAAAUUAACGGUUAGUUAUGAAUAAUCAUUGCUAUCGUUCGUUUGAACUGAAGAAUCAUACUAAAGCUGAAAGUACUGGAUGGCGACAAACGUUCUAUUAUCCGGGCGGGGGAACAUAUCAUGGCUAUUGGUUAAAUUCACGACAUCAUCAUUUCGGUGUCAAAGAGACGAAGGACCAUUUAAUUUAUGAUGGUCAAUGGUGCAACGGUAAACGUCAUGGUAACGGUAUGAUGAGACGUCGCUUGAAAGAUGGCACCAUGCAGCGUAUAUACAUGGGAGAAUGGUGUGAUGACAUGAAAUCGGGCGAGGGUAAACAAUUCUAUGAGGAUGGUGUGUAUUAUGGCUGGUGGAAAAAAAAUCGACGUCAUGGUUUGGGUAUAGAGUGGUAUAAAAAUGCUGAUAUUUAUAUGGGCGAAUGGCAAGCUGAUGCUUAUCAUGGUCUAGGUGUAAUGUUUUAUGCAAACGGUAAUCGUUAUGAGGGUUAUUUUACUAGAGGCUUGAAGUCGGGUGAAGGAACUUUUUAUCAUGUGCAGACGGGUCAAGUGCAAAAGGGUAUGUGGGAGAAUGAUGUAUGCAAAGUUUCUUUACUACAAGAUGAAUAUCGCAAUCAAGCAGAGCGACCAACUUCAUAUCCUAUACCGAGGCUUCAGAUUGCAAAACCAUCUGAGUUUAUACGAGAUUUGUUUGGAAAAUAUAAAACUAAAGUCAAUAAACCAUCAAAAUCCUUACAGGAAUCUAUUUGUUUAAAUUUUACCCGCAAACUGAGUCAUUGUGUUAAAUUUGAACCAAAACAUACAACAACAUCAAAAAUAGCCUCAGAUGAUCUAUGUUACUCGUCAACUUGUAAAAAAUCUGAGAAAUUUGUAACCUUAAAAGAAUUGUGAUUUAAAAAAAAAAUUAAUAGUUUUUAUCCAAUAAACAAACUUAAAAAUUAAA